AUCUAAAAGGUGGAAUCAACCAGGCUGGUAUUGACUAUUACAACAACUUGAUCAAUGAGCUUUUGUCCAAAGGAAUUAAGCCUUAUGCAACCAUGUUUCAUUGGGACACACCACAAGCCCUUGAAGAUGCUUAUGGAGGAUUCCUUGGUGAGGAGAUUGUGAAUGAUUUCCGUGACUAUGCGGAUGUUUGCUUCAAGAGUUUUGGAGAUAGAGUGAAGCAUUGGAUGACAUUGAACGAGCCAUUGACAGUGGUGCAACAAGGUUAUGUUGCAGGUGUGAUGGCUCCAGGAAGAUGCUCCAAAUUCACAAACCCUAAUUGCACCGGUGGAAAUGGAGCCACCGAGCCUUAUAUUGUUGGUCACAACCUCAUCCUUUCUCACGGAGCCGCCGUCCAAGUCUACAGAGAAAAAUACAAGGCGACUCAAAAAGGUCAAGUUGGUAUUGCUUUGAACGCGGCUUGGAACUUGCCAUAUACAGAAUCACCGGAGGAUAGAUCGGCUGCGGCACGAGCCAUGGCCUUCACAUUUGACUACUUUAUGGAGCCGCUUGUGACCGGUAAAUACCCGGUUGAUAUGGUCAACAACGUAAAAGGUGGUCGCUUACCUACAUUCACUGCACAACAAUCUAAGAUGCUGAAAGGCUCUUAUGACUUCAUUGGCAUCAAUUAUUACUCUUCCACUUACGCAAAGGAUGUUCCCUGCUCCACCCAAGAUGUUACUAUGUUCUCUGAUCCUUGUGCCAGUGUCACAGGUGUAAGAGAAGGUGUUCCCAUCGGUCCAAAGGCUGCAUCAGAUUGGCUUUUAAUAUAUCCAAAGGGAAUUCGUGAUCUCGUCCUCUAUGCAAAAUACAAGUUCAAGGAUCCUGUCAUGUACAUAACCGAAAACGGGAGAGAUGAAUUCAGUACCAAUAAAAUCUUCCUUAAAGAUGGUGAUAGGAUUGAUUACUACGCUAGACAUCUCCAAAUGGUCCAAGACGCUAUCUCGGUUGGAGCAAACGUGAAGGGAUUUUUCGCAUGGUCGUUGCUAGACAACUUCGAAUGGGCAAUGGGAUACACAGUCCGGUUUGGACUGGUUUACGUGGAUUUCAAGAAUGGAAGUAAGAGAUAUCCCAAGAAAUCGGCUCAGUGGUUCAAAGAAUUAUUAAAUGAAAAGAAAAACAAUUGAUGAUUACAUAAAGAUGGCGUUUAUAACAAUGACAAUUGAGAGAUUUAUAAUUUUUCCUCCUUCCAAAAUAAUGGUUUUAGCUGUUUUAACAUCGAACCGGAUUGAUGUAUACUCGAUGUUAUACCAUCUUUCGAUGUAACGUACGAUGUAUAAGGAAAAUUAAUACUAAAUUCGUUGGAAAAUUAUAAAA